UGGUAACAGAGGAUGCCAGAAAAGCCAUAAAAACAAAGCAAAAUACUGGAGUUAGCAUACAAGCUAACAAGAUAGAUCAAGCAGCAAGCUACAUAGCUCGACUGCAACAUCGUACAGCGAUAUGCGCUAUUAACAGCUGCAUCCAUGGGUUUGUUCCUCUGGAUCUUCACUUGGAGGCCCUCUUCAGCCCUCUCCCUGCUGCUUCUCAGUGUCAUUGGCAGACAGACGGGGCUGGAGGUGGUUCAGGCGACAGUGUGCUCACGGUGGGGUGCAACCAGAGACAAGAGCCUCUCCCAUGAUGGAGAUGUGAUUAUUGGUGGACUUUUUAAUCUCUAUUACAUACCUUCAGCUGUAGAACAGGGUUACACCAAGCUGCCAAGUUAUGAACCUUGCACCGGUUUAGAGUCAUUGAAAAAUAUAUAUGCUAUGGUAUUUGCGGUGGAGGAAAUCAAUCUUAACAGCACCCUGUUGCCAGGAGUGAAGUUGGGCUACCGUAUACUGGAUAGCUGUUCCCGAUACCCCUGGGCUCUGCAAGGUGCACUGUCAAUGGUUGGAGGAGACACACAAAGCUGCAACCUAACAGCUUCUACGCCUCGUGCUGCAGCUUAUGAAGAAAAAGAAGAAACAGCAGGUGGCAAGCUUGUUCCUUUACUCAUUGGCGCAUCAACAUCCACAACAGGUAUAAUGCUGUCAAGGAUCCUGGGCCCUCUCUCUGUGCCAGUUAUCAGCUACUUGGCUAGCUGCCCCUGUCUUAGUGACAGGACAAAGUUUCCUAACUUCUUCAGAACAAUCCCCAGUGAUAUUUACCAAGCCCGGGCCAUGGCACAACUGGCCAUACGCUUCAACUGGACAUGGGUGGGGGCAGUCGUAGCAAACACAGAUUAUGGUCGAUUGGCAAUACAGGUUUUUCAGGAGGAGAUUCUGGGGAAAGGAGUGUGUUUGGAAUUCAUAGAGACUCUCCGCAGGGAAACUAUAUUGAAUGAUGCCAGACAAGCAGCUCUCAAAAUUAAAGCUUCAACUGCAACAGUGAUUCUGAUCUUUUGCUGGUAUACAGAUGUAAAGAAAUUAUUUCUGGAAUUGGCCAAGAGAAAUGUGACAGACAGACAGUUUCUGGCCAGUGAGGCUUGGAGCACCAGUGAUGAUCUUCUUCAAGAUCCUUACAUCUCGAAAGUGGCAAGUGGUGUUCUCGGUGUUGCCAUUCGAAGUUCAACAAUACCUGGAUUUGAAAAGUAUCUCAGGAGUUUGCACCCAAGUCAUCGUCCUGAUGAUGAAUUCUUCAGAGAAUUCUGGCAAAAGGAGUUUGGAUGCACUCCUGGAGCUGAACAAUCACAAUCAACACAGUCUUCAUAUUUCUCUUCACAGCUGAAAACAUGGUCUGACCAUCCGUCAAAUGUUUUGACUUCAUAUUCUGCCAUUAGAUCUGUUCAGAGAACUUCUCUACCAGCCUGCAGUGGGACAGAGUCCCUGGAGGGAGUGCAGCAUCCCUUCACUGACACCUCUCAGCUAAGGGUGGCAUAUAAUGUGUACCUGGCUGUUUAUGCUGCAGCCCACGCCCUCCACAGCCUUCUCUCCUGCCCCAACAGAGACAGCCCUCCUGGAAACAACAGCUCCACCUGUUCUUCUCCAAAACACAUCAAACCCAGAGAGCUGUUGCAGCACUUAAACAGAGUGAACGUCACCACACCACAAGGAGAAAUGUUUCAUUUCCAAGGUGCUGACAUUCCAGCGAAGUACGACCUUGUCAACUGGCAGAACACCCCUGAUGGAUCACUUAAACUUGUUUUGAUCGGUCAUGUGAAUGGGUUUGACCUCCACCUUAAUGAGUCAGCUAUUCAGUGGAACACAGGAUCCAAUCAGGUUCCUGUUUCAGUGUGCAGUGAGAGCUGCCCCCCAGGUACCAGAAAGGCCAACAGGAAAGGAGAACCUCUCUGCUGCUUUGACUGUAUCCCAUGUGCUGAAGGGGAGAUUAGCAAUAAAACUGGUUCUCUUCACUGUGAGCGUUGUCCAUCUGAGUUCUGGUCCAAUUCUGAACAAACAGCCUGUGUCCCUCGUCAGCUGGAUUUUCUUGCCUUUAAUGAAACAUUGGGCAUCACUCUGACCACUGCAGCUGUGUCUGGUGCUGCAGUGACGACAGCUGUGUUUAUAGUGUUUAUCUUAUACCACAAAACACCUAUGGUGCGAGCCAACAAUUCGGAACUGAGCUUCCUGCUUCUUCUGUCUCUGAAGCUUUGCUUCCUUUGCUCACUGGUCUUCAUCGGUCGUCCAUCAGUCUGGUCCUGUCGGUUCCAGCAGGCAGCCUUUGGGAUCAGCUUUGUACUUUGUGUUUCCUGCCUCCUGGUCAAAACCCUCGUAGUUCUUGCUGUUUUCCGCUCAGCUCGGCCUGGUGCUGAAACUUUGAUGAAGUGGUUUGGUACGGGCCAACAGAGAGGAAGUGUUGGGUUCUUUACUUCUGUACAGGUUAUCAUCUGUGCCAUAUGGCUGUCCCUCAGCCCCCCAGAGCCUCGACGUGAUCUGGGUUUCCAAGGGUCAAAGGUCACCCUGGAGUGUUCCAUGGCCUCUGUGGUGGGCUUCUCUCUGGUUCUGGGCUACAUCGGCCUGCUGGCCUGCACCUGCCUCCUCUUGGCCUUUCUGGCUCGGAAACUCCCUGACAACUUCAAUGAGGCCAAACUGAUCACCUUCAGCAUGCUGAUAUUCUGUGCUGUCUGGGUGGCCUUUGUCCCUGCUUACGUUAGCUCUCCUGGGAAGUAUGUUGUUGCUGUGGAAAUUUUUGCAAUUCUGGCCUCCAGCUAUGGUUUACUGAUCUGUAUUUUUGCCCCCAAAUGUUUCAUUAUUCUUUUGAAGCCUGCAAAGAACACCAAGAAACACCUGAUGGCCAGAUAGUUAUUCUUGCUUGAGUGCAUGCUCUUGACUUUUUAUUAUACUCGUCUUGCAGCGCCAACUGCAACUCGGCAAAGAAUCGCGCUUUGGGAUGGUGACCAACCCAUCCUACAAUCCCAAAGUGUCUGUUUUUGCAAGUUGGGAAAGAGACUCAAAAAUCAACUUUUCUUACCAAAAAUACCAUUAAUCCUUAAUGUACUUAUCCGUGUGUAGAAAUGUCUUUUAGACAGAAGUAGUAACUUCAGUUGCUAACUGAAUAUGUAAUAUCAUUUCUGAUUGUGUCAAUUCACUGUCCAUGUAACAUUAUUCAUUUGCAAUCAAUGAAAAACUUUGAUUAUAAUUAAAUCCUACUCAAUAAAAAUGUUAGUUGAUUUGGA